CGGGGCCGACACUCCGGGCGCGGGCGCGGGCAUGGAGCGCUCGCAGAGCCGCCUCAGCCUGUCCGCCUCCUUCGAGGCGCUCGCCAUUUACUUCCCCUGCAUGAACUCCUUCGACGACGAGGACGCGGGAGACAACCGGAGGCUGAAGGGGGCCAUCCAAAGGAGCACAGAGACAGGCCUGGCAGUGGAGAUGCCCAGCCGGACACUGCGCCAGGCCAGCCAUGAGUCCAUCGAGGACAGCAUGAACAGCUAUGGCUCAGAGGGCAACCUGAACUACGGGGGACUCUGCUUGGCCUCAGAUGCACAGUUCAGUGACUUUUUGGGUAGCAUGGGGCCCGCCCAAUUUGUGGGUCGCCAGACCCUGGCCACCACACCCAUGGGGGACGUGGAGAUCGGCUUGCAAGAGAGGAAUGGUCAGCUGGAAGUGGACAUCAUUCAGGCUCGAGGACUGACCGCCAAGCCAGGCUCCAAGACGCUGCCAGCGGCCUACAUCAAGGCUUACCUGUUGGAGAAUGGCGUCUGCAUUGCCAAGAAGAAGACCAAAGUUGCACGCAAGUCACUGGACCCACUGUAUAACCAGGUGCUGCUGUUUCCGGAGAGUCCACAGGGCAAAGUCCUUCAGGUCAUCGUGUGGGGGAACUACGGACGGAUGGAGCGGAAGCAGUUCAUGGGUGUGGCCCGAGUGCUGCUGGAGGAACUGGACUUAAGCACCUUAGCUGUGGGCUGGUACAAGCUCUUCCCCACCUCCUCCAUGGUGGACCCAGCCACAGGGCCCCUGCUCCGGCAGGCAUCCCAACUGUCCCUCGAGAGCACCGUGGGGCCCUGUGGUGAGAGGUCUUAGUGGCAGAAUUGGGAAGGGGCUCCCCCAGAUGGCCUAACGACCACCCAGCCCCAACCUGGGGCCCCAGGCUCAGGGGCACUUUGAACACAGGAGGAUGGGGCUUUCCGCCAGAGUGGGGAAGCAGAACGGGGAAACCUGCCCCCACUCGGGCCCCUCCUCACCCUCCCCCCCUUGGCCUCCUAUCCCCAUCCCCGAGACCCUCCUUCUCCCAAGGGAUUGGCUGCACUUUUGACUUGGCUGGUUUUUGACCUGGAGGGUGUGGCCGCUGUGCUAAGAAAGGAAAGACUGAGGUGGCAGAGUGCCCCCCUCUGCCCUCACCCUGCCCGACUGCUCUCCUUCUUGUCCUCCUUGGAAGCUCGCUGCCCGGAGCCAAGUCCAGAACCCUGCGGCCAUCUCCAUGGUGCCAAUUACCAGCAAGUGUCUUUCUGCGGCACCGGGUUCAGGCAGCUACUCCUGCCCCAGAGCUGAUGGGGCAGUUUUGCAAGGAUCCGGAGCCAGCUCCGGGGGUGCCCAGGGCACCCCCCACACACACUGGAAAAGGAGCUCAGGCCUCCCUCCGCCCACCUGUGGGAGGAGCUUUGCCGCUGCCCGUCUGAGUUCAUCAGUUCGUUCACCCCUUCCUGCAACUUUUGGAAGUGGGGGUCAGCAGGGACUGAAGGAGAAGAGGAGGUACCCGGGCACUGACCUUGGGGCCCUCUGCCCAUUGGGGUUGCAACAAGCUACUUUGGAAACAUCUGGCAGACUGCAUGGACUCUCGUAUUCUGGGGACAAACUGCGGAGGACCAUGAUUUUUUCCCCCAGAACCUCAGCUCAGAGCUUGCCACCUCUGCAUUUUAGGGGUGAGGCGCAGAGAACGAGUCUGAGAAAAGAUGGGAUGGGACUACUUGUGGUGCCCAGGUGAGGGUUUCCUGAGUGGGAAAAUUCCCUCCUUGUUGGGUGAAGUCAAAGGUCAUUUUAUCUAACACCCCCACCCCAGCCUCAUGAGGUCUGGGGAGGCAACAUGGACCCCAAUUUUAAGUCUUUUUUUCAACAAACCAUCCUAUCCUGAGGUCAACACCCACUGCUCUGGCUUCACUGACCUUGGCUCAAGGACAGAUCAAAAGCCUGAGACAGGGCACCGGUGGGGGCCUUUGGGAGACCCUUUGCAUGCUGGGGAGUUCAGAGGCCCCUCUUUAUAGAAGCACAUUCCUGCCACUUCACCCCACAUCCCCGGGCGCCAGCAGCCCCUUCACCCCUUUAGCCAGUCCUCAUGGAGGGCUUAGCUCAGCUUAGCUGGUAGUUAGUGUUCUCAGCCCUGGGCUCUGUUCUUCACGCACACAUAGUCCCUAAGGGCCCAGGGCAGGGGCGCAAGGGGUCCCAUGUCCACAAGCUGGCACCCCACUUGGCGCUGGCCUGCGCCUGAUCCUGCACAUCUCUCCCCAACUUCCUUCACCCCUGUAGGGCUGUAGCUCAGCUACCCACUAUACUCAGAUGUUCGUUCGUUGUUUUGUUCUUGGGAAUGGUUUUGAUUUGUGAAGCUCCCGAGGCUGUGGGCCUGGGGCAGGGCUGGGCUGUGGACUGCACCCCCUGGAGCCCUCCUGGAGCCCCCUCAUAUCCCUACCCCUGUUUAAGCCUCAGGAUCUCCUCUGAAGUUGUUUGGCACUCCUCUCUCUAUUCCACACCCCAAGUGAUAAACACUACCAGGAGAGGGAUGUCCCCUUCAUCUGGGAAGGCUACAGAGCUUCCUGGGAUAGGAGUGGGGCUCCCAAAGUCAGGGCAAAUGGGAUAGGGACCCCCAGAAACAGCCCUCCUCUGGCCCUGGCUUUGGCUCAUGUGACCCUCUGCUUUUACUCAUAGAUCAGCAGAGCCUGGAAGCCCCUCUGCAUCCACAUCCACAUAGGUCACAUAGGUAAGAAAGAAAAGAAAGAGAGAGAGAGAAAGAAAG